GUAGUGACAGUGUGACUGAGUUUGUCUAUAAAAUACAACUUCACUCUGCUGAUGCCAUUGCAGCUUCUUCUUGAUUGCUUAUUAUAUCUGCACACAGAGAGAGAGAGAGAGAGAGAGAGAGAGAGAGAGAGAGAGAGAGAGAUGGGAAGCAAGUGCUACAGAAAAACAACAGAAGGGGAUCCAGUGCCACUAGGGUUCAGAUUCCAUCCCACUGAUGAGGAAUUAGUGGACCAUUAUUUGAAGAACAAGAGACAGGACAGGGAUUUUAACGUUAACCACAUCCCCGUGCUUGAUAACUGCAAGUACGACCCUUGGGAAAUACCUGGGCUCAUGUUCACAGAGCAAGACUCUCCAUAUCAUGAUAUGGAGUGGUUCUUCUUCAGCCGAAGGGAUUACAAGUACACCAACAGCAAUCGCUCCAACAGGGCCACACCGCAUGGCUCCUGGAAAAUCACUGGGAAGGAACGUAUGAUCAGGGCCCGAGGGUCCAAUGCUGUCAUUGGGACAAAGAGGACCAUGACCUUCUAUGAACGUGGUGUGCCGAAAUCAAAGAAGACCAACUGGGUCAUGCACGAGUAUAAUCUCUUUGAAAGUGAAGCCAGUCCUGAUCCUCAGCUGGCCGAGAGGGAUUUUGUUCUGUGUCGAAUGAAGAAAAACCCUGAUAAGAAGGAUACUUCAGUCUUCGCUGAAGGUGAACCUAGCAGCUACAAUUUGUAUAAUUGUGAAGAUGAAGCUGCUGCUGAGUCACAGGAUCACAGCCCCUCCACACUGCAAUCACCAGCAUACAUAGAGCUGGCAGAUGUUCUGCAAGUUAAUGAAGAUUGUAAUGAUAUGCAAUCACCAUUUGGAGAUAAUGACUACUCAGUUACCGAUAAGAAUGAUUUUUCAACAUGUGAUGAAGUCGCAUAUGAUAUGUCUCAAGAGCUAUAUGCUCAGCAAGAAAAAAACAGCUAUAGGCUCACACCUCAGUCACCAACAUUCAGGAAUCUAGAAGAUUUUAUGUAUAUUAAUGCCUCUGAUUUUGGAAAUCAAACUGCAAAUUAUAUGGUUCUAGAGCAGCCAUGUAUUCAGCAGGCACAGGAUUACCACUCUUUCACACUGCAGUCACCAAUAUACAGCGAACUGGGAAGUGUCCCUCAUUUUGAUGUCUAUAAUAAUGAAUGGCAAUCUGCAUAUGCUAAUUUUGAAAAUCGAACUACAGAUGAAAGGAUUUCGGAGGAAUGUCCUCAGCCAAAAGAGAAUCUGAGAUCAAUCUUAUCUGCAUCUCAACUAGCAGAUUACACAUCGCAGCCACUAAUGAACACAGAAGAAUGUCAAAUGAGGCCUUGUGAAAUAGGCAUAGAAGGGGCAGCUGGGAUGAAUUGGGAGGGUUCAUUCUUUAAUUUUCCCCUGAAGCCGUAGAUCGAAGUCCUCUAUGGAAUAAUAUUCGCACCAAGUUGUAGUUCUAGCCUUAGAGCAAUGCUUUUGUUCUGCAGUGGCUAUUCUGGAAUUGGCGCAUUGUAAGAGCUGCUCUACAUGACUGCUGGAAUCUCAGUCUACGCAUAUGUAUUAGUAUUAAAACAAAUAUUGUAUCCAUUUUUCUUUUCAAUACUAUCCUUGUGAGUAUUGUAUUGUGUAUGCCACAAUGUUCCUUAUAUUUGUACCCACAAUGUUCUCUUCUUA